AGGGCAGAUAAGCCUGUAAGCCUUAAGCUUAAUCAGGAUUAAUACUGCACUCCAAAUGGCUGAUACCAGGGCGCUGCCCUACCAGCUUGGCAUCGCUGGAAUCUGUCCGGUCGAAUACACAACUCAAAAGCAGAAGCAACCGCACCUGAAGCUGCACUUGGGUUCGACUAACGUUGGUAGUGGUGAGUCGCUUAGUGGCCAGUCCAGAUUAUUGGAGUUGCGUCGAGAAAUGGGUGGUGGUGCGGCCAACCAGAGAAAUUUUGUCAGCACCACUCGCCCCACAUCUGCACCCAAAUCUCGUAUGAAGUCAGACGCGACUCGUCAACCACGUCGCGAGUUUAAUAGUGAACCGCAUUACGAGUGUCGCUGCCAGCAGCAAGCCGAAACACGCUCCAGGACACACGCUGAACCGCAUGCCGGAAUUCGCUCCGGGACUCGCAAUGACUACUGCUCCGAAUUAAGUUCCUUAACCGAAGCACCUCAAUCGGGUUCUCGAGAUGUUCGCCACGAGCAGUCAGCGCGGACCUAUUCUCCGGCUUACCAAUCUUGCUGUGACAAGCGCAAGUCUGCAGCAUACCCGCAAGGACCGCCUGAAUUUCGCUGCGAAUCCUAUUUCGAGGCACCGGGAAAACCACGUCCAAAAAAAUCCCAAUUAAUGUGCGAACACUGCUACCAGCUGUCUCUGGCCAAGCCGCGAGAGGAACUGCAGCCCCAACAGCGCUAUGAAGCUUACCAUGAAGAAUCACGCAGCGAACCACGUAACGAAUCUCGUAACGAACCACGCAGGCAACCAUUCAUCGAAUCUCGUAACGAACCACGCAGGCAAUCAUACAACGAACCACGCAGCGAACCACGCAGCGAACCACGCAGCGAACCUCGCAGCGAACCACGCAGCGAACCACGUAGGGAACCAUGCCAAGCACCAUGCAACGAAGCACGCAAUGCACCACACAUCGACGAACCACAAGACGAAUUAUUUUGUGAGCCGCCUUCGAUGAAGCGUAAAGCGCCACCUGCUCGCUGCCCCGUCUGCUACGAGUCUCCCGAGUCUCGCUCCAAUCGGCUGCCAGUGGCAACAACGGAGACAUCAAAUUAUGUAAAGUACAAGGACUUUAAGGCCAUGUCGCAUCGCAAUCCGUUGGUGGUCAAGUCCCGUGGUUGCCUUAGGCAGUCGCCCAGCCCGGGUGGAUGCAAAAAGCGCGUAAAGAGCCCUAAGCCUGACUGUGAGUGCCUAACACCCGAAUCAAGUCAACCCAUUCGUCAAAGGACCCCUCGGAAAUCGGACUACGCUCAGCAGCAGCCGAGUAAAUGCCCCAAUUGUAGCAGGACGCAACCCUCGUCCAAAUCUCAGCAGGCUACGCAGAGCCGUCGCAACGAUCGACGGAAGGAACAACCAAGAUUGUGCCCAGCCUACGGCUUGCCACGGUUCACCAAUACCAAUCAGCGCUCAAAUUUUGUGCCACAUUCGUACUUAAAUUCACUUCGUCCAUCAGUGAGGAACAUGUCAAGCCCCAAAAGACAUGGCAGAUCCGGCGCAGGCUCCGGCGCAGGCUCCGGCGCAGGCUCCGACUCAGUACCAGUUGAGCGGAUGGGUCACAUGUCCAGAAGCAACCCAAGUCAUUUCCGAGCCUAUCCCAGCAGUUAUCUUUCACAAGAGAGCCGAAGAGGAUCGCUGAAGCUAAGCACGAUUUCGGGUAGUAGUUUGAGGCUACAUCGCAUACCCAAGGCGAAUCCCUGUGGACUAAGAAUUCCCACAAAUAGGCUCGAAGAAUCGAAUGGAUAUCGCUGUACUGGCGGCAAAUUAACACCAUUGGCCAAAGGUUCGCAAGGUACCAGAAACGUCAGGGUUAAAAUGGUUAGGGAUGGUGGCAGUCGUGCCACAAAAAGUCCACAGAUAGCCGCUGGUCGCGAAAGAAGGAGUAAUCAAACCCAAGCCCGGAAUUCCACACGUUCCAGGCAGGAGGCACAAAAUGUUACCGGGCAGCUCUCACAGCCAGGAAAACUGAGGAAAACUGCAGCAUCAGCAGUACGACGCGAUGUCGUGCCACAAACUGGAAGACACGUCCGCUCCAGGUCUCUACACGCGUCGAAUCACAAAGGAGGUACUGCUGAGAAUAGGCUGCAAUCGAUCCGGUCCUCCAAAAUGCCAGUUGCAAAUCAACGGGUAAACACAGCUAAGCUCAGCAGAACAGCAGGCAGUAGAGUCUCAACUGAGCUGCACCAAAAUCUACGCGAAUACACUUCCGAACCAGGAGGAUCUGAAACAAGCAAAACAAAUACCGAAGAAUAUGAGUAUAAAGAGCAAGGAACACUCGAAGCCAGGGAAGCAUCGGCAGAAAGAAGUGAAGAAACCGCUCGGAUAACUAGUGCAGCUGGUGGAACUAGACACAGAUUGCCCCAGAAAAUGUUCACAACAAAGCGGCCGCAAUAUUUUCCAAAUCCACAAUCCGAUGUUGGUUCGAGCAAAAAUAAACUCCAAUCCUACCGGGGCAGCUUUCUGACAGUGCGCACCACACCGCAUAGUAGGCAUAGUCAGACUGAAGAUCCAAGUCACGUUUCACUGAUCACAAUUGCCAAGAAUAUGCUGAGACCCAUUGUGCAAAAGAGUUCGAUACCAAAGGACUCGGCUUUUGUGGUGCCCAACAAAUGGCAGUGUAUGAAAAAAUUAAAGGGUCUUACGCCCGAUAGACGCACUGUAAGUUUCGGACAGGUCGAUAAAUAG